CUUAUUUAGAAAUGUCGAUAGUUUGGCAUGCCGAGGCUGACCGAGAGGGCAGCACCUGCACGGGAGGAAGAGCACUCCGCCAGAGAGAGUCAGCCAUUUGAGCAAAAAUGUACACCCGCGCUCUUCUCUCCGCCCGCAAUGCCGUGAAGGCCACAGUUUCACGGCGUGGCAUGGGAUCCGUAACGGACUUCAAGCCUCCUACCAUGUCCGAACUCCCUGUCCCUCAAGGUGCAUGGAAAGAUGCUCACAACGCAAAGCAAAGGAAGAACAACCUCCACCUCAUCAGUGGCGUUUUGGUCGCUGGUGGCACUCUAAGCUUCCUGGUACAGUCUGGCAUGGUUGACUUUGGACUGGCCCCCGAGAUGGGCAAGUAAUGCUGCUGCUGCUGCUCUCAUGUACAUAUAGUAACAUGGAUGUCAGCUGACACAGAGAGUAUGUGCGCCUCGUGGAAGUGGGCUCUGUUGUUAAAAUGUAUCUUUUGUAAAUAACAAAAACUGGUAUACUAAUUUAUUUCAUUCCAAGCUUUUCUUUUAAAAGAAAUUAAAAGUACUUUCAAA